CAAAAUUGGUACUCCACAAUUCAUACAGAACUAUACUUACAACUUUAGGGAAAUUUAAUAAAACAAAUUCGUAGCAGUUCUUCGAAAAAUGUUCUCAAGACCAGCUCUUCGUCCUUUGGCUGUGGUCGCCUUUCGUUCGGCCUCCACCCAUUCCGCCCGAGGAGCCAUCAAGCUCCCAAGACCUGGACAUCCCGGAAAGGAUCGCCUCUGCUUUCUGCCCGAGGAUUGGCUCAAAGGACCCGUGGGCAUCGGGGUGUUGGCCUACGUCUGCUCCGGGGACUUCUGCGCCAGAGGGCACGACCACAGCGGACUAUCUCUUGGUAUCAUGGAAGAUGAUUACUACAGCAGUGGAUUGACACUCGGUAUCUUUGCCGCCUUUGCUGUAAUAAAGCUGCUUCCAGUGAUCGCCAAGUGGACUGAAGGCGAGGUCCAAAAAAACGAAUCUGGCAACGUGGCUAAGUCAAAGGUCCUGUUAAUAUCGCCCCCACAGGAGAAGAAGAUCUUGAACCAGGACAAUACCAAUUAAAGUUCCUUAUAGGUUUUAAUUUUUGUAUUUAGUUUUUAAAACAAUAUCUACGUAAAAUAGCUCCAAAUAUCGGUGUGUAAAGAGCUAUUCUUAAAUUUU